GCAGCAUCGGACCUUAAAAGCUCCAUCACUGGCGCAAGAUCAGCCGGGCAGACACAGGAAGCAGUGACCAGGGGUGAUGACCAACUGAACUAGCAGACAUCCAGCUCAAGGUGGACAGUGCGCAGAGUCGAUCUCAGGGUAACACCGAGGAAGAGCAAAAGCAGGAGAAAGGGUGUUCGAUUUCCCUUCCUAUCCAUGAUGCGGGACUCUGUCUUCAACUGCUGCGUUUCCCCACCCCACAACCCUGAAGGGGCGGAGGAACAUCAUCAGCAUAGCAGCAGAGCUCAGGCCCUCCCCCCUAAUGAUAGGCGUUUCCUUAUUUUCUUUGACUUUGAUGAGACCCUUGUGGACGAGUGCACCGAUGAUUCCAUGGUUACCGUGGCGCCUGGUGGAAUCCUGCCCGGGUGGUUGAAGGACACGUACCGCCCCGGCCACUAUAAUGAGUACAUGCAGCGUGUGCUGGCCUACCUCGCUGAACAGGGAGUCACGCCGGCAGCUAUCAGAAGCAAUGUGGAAAAGCUCCCUCCUUGCCCGGGCAUCCCGGCUUUAAUGCGUUUCCUUCUUUCCCAGCCAUCACGUGACUUUGAAGUGGUUUGUUUGUCUGAUGCUAAUACAGUCUUCAUUGAGACGUGGCUACAGCAUCUAGGGUUCCGCCCACUUUUUUUACGUAUUUUCUCCAACCCAGCUCACUUUGAUGAUAAUGGGCAGCUGCAGCUUCGCCCGUUCCACUCCCAUGACUGCCUGCGGUGCCCGGCGAACAUGUGCAAAGCGGUGGUGGUGAGGCAGUAUUUGGCCCAGCGCAUACGUGAGAGAGGCGGAAAGCCAUACCAGAAAGUUCUGUAUGUUGGUGAUGGGGCCAAUGAUUUCUGUCCAUCACUCAUACUAUCACCGGGUGAUAUAGCAUUCCCUCGCUGGGACUUUCCAAUGCACAAACUGAUCCGAGAGAUGGCAGAAGCCAAACCUGGAGAGUUUAAGGCUAGUGUGGUACCCUGGAAGAGUGGAGAGGAUGUCAUAAGCACGUUGAAGAAGAUAUUAGAGAAGCCUUAAAUGGGCUAAAUAAGGACCUUAAAAUAUAUCAGCUUUUAUUAAUUUUAUUCCAAACUCAUAUGGCAUUACCAAGUAUAAUUAACUUUUUUAUAUGUGAAAAAUGUUGAGGCCGUUUAGAGACCUUCAAUGACAUGCAUGGUGUUUUGGUUUUAUGCCGUUUUUUCCGAUAUAUAAAAAAAGCGAAGCAAGUUUUACCCUUAAAAUCACACUGACAUUAACUCAUAUGUGUUGAACACAUGGAUGUGCAAGAAAAAUAUCCGUAUCAUUCACAUGUAACUUGUACUGUUAUUUUUUUCUAAGAGGUGCUAAAUAAUUAUUUAUGUGGAGUAUUUGAGUUAUCAACUAAAUAUAACUUUUGUCAUUGAGAAAGAACCUCCUGGUUAGUAUUUGUAAUAUUUAAUCUUAGUCUUACACAUUUAUAUUAUGUACAUGUGAAAUAUAAAUGUAUUUUAAUCUAUAUUUAGUUUAAAAUGCUUUGUAAACACUCUGUAUUAUCUUGACAUGUAAUUUUCACACCCAUCAUGUAUUAGUAGGGUCUGCUGUAGUUGUUUAAUGUAUAUUUUUGAAACCAUUGCAUAUGAUGUUAAGCAUAUUUGUGGUUCUUUGUGUUUUUUGUCUUUAAACAUGGAGCAAGUUACUAUAAUCUGAUUAUAGAUUGUCACCAGCAUGGAUAU